GUUUUUGAUUUAAAAAGUGAUCAUUACUUCACUGAAAGCGUAACUUUGAAAUUAAUUUUUCAAUUAAUUUGAAAUGGCGUUUAGAUCUUCUUUUGAGGAGGAUUUGUCUUGUCCUGUAUGCUGCGACGUUUUUAUAAAUCCUGUAGUUCUGUCCUGUAGUCACAGCUUCUGUGAAGAUUGUGUUCAGAGGUUUUGGGAAAAUAAAAGCGUUCAAGAAUGUCCAGUUUGCAGAAGAAGAUCUUCAAAGGAACAUCCUCCAGUAAACCUGGCUUUGAAGAACCUGUGUGAGACCUACCAACAAAAGCAGAGCCGAAAGUCUUUUUUUGGAGGUGAAAGUGUCUGCGGUCUUCACAAAGAGAAGCUGAAGCUCUUCUGUCUGGAUGAUCAAGAGCCUGUGUGUUUAGUGUGUCGAGACUCCAGAAAACACACAAACCACAGAUUCUGUCCUGUAGAUGAAGCCGUGAUGGACAAUAAGGAGAUACUUAAAGAUGCACUGGAACACUUAGAGGUGAAGCGGAUAAUACUUGAGACAUUGAAACAGUGUUUCAAUGAAGAUGAUGAACAAGUUAAGUAUAAUGCUCAACAUGCUGAGAGGCGGAUUAAAGCAGAGUUUGAGGAACUUCACCAGUUUCUACGUGAUGAAGAAGCUGCCAGAAUAACAGCACUGAGAGAAGAAGAGAAACAGAGGAGUCGGAUGAUGAAGCAGAAGAUUGAUGAGACGAGCAGACAGAUUUCAUCUCUCUCAUGUACAAUCAGAGACACAGAGGAGCAGAUGAAAGAUGAUGACGUUUCAUUUUUGCAGAACUUUAACGGCACAUUGCAAAGAGCUCUGUGUAACCCGCCGAUUCCAGAACCCAUUCCAGCAGUGAUGAUCAGUUUAUCAAAUCACCUAACCAACCUGAAGCUCACGGUCUUGCAGAAGAUGCAGGACAAUCUUGGUGAAACCUCGUACUUCAACAUCGAUCCAUCUCGUAUUCAAUGCGAUGCAAUGGCGAUUUCUGACAAACCAGAGGAAUACAAUGAAUAUGAGCAUUUUCCGAGGGAUGGAGGGAACCGUACAAAAAUGUUUGGGGGCCAACAGUCCAAUGAAGACCAACAGCAAUCUCCACGGAAAGUUCAUUCAGUCUAUGCAACUAACUUAUUCCCCGCCCCGGUCCGCACCACAGAACCAACCUACAACCUACCCAUGCUCCACAACAGCCGUCUUCAGUCACCGAUCAUCCACAGCCAGAUUAUGAUGAGUAUGAACUAUGGGCGCAAACUAGUCGUAGGCCCCCCUCAGUCGAAAUCACGGGUGAGAGUUCCCUCUCCACUGGGUUUGCCGUUUGGAGCGGGGUCCCCCUCGACCGACGCCACAUUUGGGAGGGGGUCCUUUUGACAUUCAAGGGGGCCUGAAGUCCAGUCUUCAAGAUAUGGUGAUCUGUGACAAUCAAGUUCAGAUGUAGCUAUUUCACACAAAGAUAUUUAAUCAUUGCUAAUUAUUAAUUUGUGGUUCUGUCAAGUCAUUUUUUUUUUUCCAAAUAAAGUAACUAUUAUCGUGUGUUUCCCCCAAAUA